UGGAGCAAUCGGACGUUACCGUGCCGACCACACUGGGCACCUCCCUGGACACGCUGGAGUACUUGAUCACCGUCGGCAUCGGCUCGCCGGCCAUGACCCAGACCAUGCUCAUCGACACCGGCAGCGACGUGUCCUGGGUGCAGUGCAAGCCGUGCUCGCAGUGCCACACCCAGGCGGACUCGCUCUUCGACCCCAGCUCGUCGAGCACCUACUCACCCUUCUCCUGCAGCUCCGCCGCCUGCGCGCAGCUCAGCCAGAGCCAUGAGGGGAACGGCUGCUCCGGCUCCCAGUGCCAGUACAUGGUCAAAUACGGCGACGGUUCGAGCGGGACCGGGACGUACAGCUCCGACAAGCUCGCGCUGGGCUCCAGCUCCGUCAGCAACUUCCAGUUCGGAUGCAGCCAGUCUGAGUCGGGCAACCUUCUCGAAGACCAGACCGAUGGGCUCAUGGGGCUCGGCGGCGGCGCUCAGUCGCUCGCCACCCAGACCGCGGGGACCUUCGGCAAGGCCUUCUCGUACUGCCUCCCACCGACUCCGGACUCCUCUGGGUUCCUCACCCUCGGCGCAGCAACCUCAGGUUUCUCCAAGACACAGAUGUUGAGGAGCAGUCAGGUCCCGUCGUACUACGGCGUGCUCCUUGAGGCCAUCAGGGUGGGAGGCAGGCAGCUCAACAUACCCGCCUCGGUCUUCUCCGGCAGGUCGAUCAUGGACUCCGGCACAAUCAUAACGCGGCUGCCGGCGACCGCGUACUCUGCGCUAUCGUCGGCGUUCAAGGCCGGCAUGAAGCAGUACCCGCCGGCGCAGCCUAUGGGCAUCUUCGACACGUGCUUCGACUUCAGCGGCCAGUCCACCAUCAAAAUACCGAGCGUCGCACUGGUGUUCUCCGGGGAAGUCAUCGUCGACCUCGCCACCGACGGGAUCAUUCUGGACAGCUGCCUCGCCUUCGCGGCCAACAGCGAUGACAGCUCCCUUGGCAUCAUCGGCAACGUGCAGCAGCGGACGAUCGAGGUGCUGUACGAUGUUGGCGGCGGUGCCGUGGGGUUCAAGGCCGGCGCAUGCUGAUCGGCGCGCACAAGGACACCGUUGAUACUAUUGGGAUCUCAAGUUCGUCGUAUACUUGUUUGCUGCUGCGAGCUACAUAUAGUAAAAGUGUCAUAGUACAUGAAGCUAGUGGGGCCAAACCAUCAGCGUACUAUAGUGCUUCGACUUGCAACGUGAUGCAAGCGUGCAAACUACCAACCAAAACAUACUUGUUUGUCUUCGGGUAGUUUAAUAAGA